AUGGACAGCUGGGGAUACGGAGGCAAUUUGUGGACGAGGGCCGACGAUGGUAGCAUUACGGACGGUAAUGGCGUGGCGGAUUCACUGCGAGGGCCUUUCAAGGCUACCAACAGCUCGACCUCGGCCAUCAUCAACCAGUUCCGCUUCCAAGCCGCCAAGUCGAUUCGAACCUCGACCAUCAUUCUUGCCGUCUUCAACGUUAUUGCGGCGUUUGCAACAGCAGUCGGUAUUUUUUGGGACGGUUAUGCGACGGCCAAGAGGAAUAACCAAAAGUUCGGCUUCAGAACGCAUGGAUUCACCUUUGUAGGACCUGCCGAGUCGUUUCCUCUGGUUCUGUCUGUAGGUAUCGUCGUCCAAGGCAUCGUCUUUGCCGUUGCACAGUCGACUGGACUCGACCACCUCCUGACCUUGGGUUGCACCAUCACCUCCCAACUGAUGUUACCUGCGGUCUUCAUAGUGCCGUACAUUCAACUCGUAUUCGCCCUGGAGGUGGCCAUCCGGUCUCUGCGAAAGAACCCCCUGCCACCCCGUGGCAAGUGGAAUAUUACCAUUUGCCUCGCCAUCGUUGGCACGUUUCUUCUUAUUACCUACCUAGUUACUCUCUUCGUCCGCCCUCCAAACUUCUGCUUUGCCUCGCUCUUCUGGUUCGUCCAGCGCUGGAAGGAAGGUUGCUUCGUACUCCUCACCUUUAUCUCGGCGGCGUUGCUGGGCUCAGCUCUGGUGAUUUUCUUCCGACUUCACAAUAACAUCAGAAUCGAGAACAGCGAGCGCAUCGCCGCGUCUCGGAUGGUAUAUUUCCUGGCAGUAGCCUUCAUUUCGACUACUCUACUCAUCCCCUUCUUCUUUAACCUCUCUUUUACGGAACAGCAAGGUGCCACUGGCCAGGCCCUCACUCUUUCAAUGAUCGCCUCCGUCGUUGCCAACGUAUCCGGCCUAUUGACUGGCGGUCUGCACCUAUUCUUGCGAUCAAACACAUUGUCCACUAUCGGCCCCCGUCAAUGCGACAAGUGGGAGUCCGACCGUACUAAACUCAAGGCUGGCAUUCGUGUCUACAGUGGAGAUGAUGAUUACGAAAACCACAUGAUGAAUCCCGUCGGUCGAACCCGUUCCCUGCGACGGAUUGACAGUACCGACAGCUUCGUGCCCGAAAAGGAGGAAGAGGCACGCAUUGAGAGUCCCUCUGGGUCUCCCACCUACGCCAACCCUCUGCGAUCCAACGCUGUAUGGCAGCCUGCCCGUUCUCCUCUGAGAACACCGGAGCCUGCGCAGGUAUCAACCUACCAGAUGCCCAAGGCGCAUGCUCGGAAGAGUUCUUACUCCUUGUUCCCGUCCGAACAAAACAACAACACCAAGUCAAUCACUCUGCUUCCGGCAAAGACAUAUACCCCUGGAGCGAGGAUCCCCGACGAGGAUGAUAUGAUGCUGCUCAGACCCCCGCCAUCAAUCCAUCCUCAAGGAAUCCGCCAUCGCCGCGACUCUUCGCUCGCUUCGUCGGCGACUGUGCAGAUUGGCUUGCGGCUGUCAAACGUCGACGACAUACCCCCGCUCAACUCACAGUAUCUCCAGAAUAAUGCCAGCGUGAACAGCUUGAGCUAUCCUGACGAGAGGGACGACGAGCCUGCUAAGCGGCCCAGUCCUCUAGCACAGGUCGACGUUGUGAGCGACAGCGGUUCAUCCGAUUCUGAGGAGGAUGAGACCUUGGUCUCGUCUCCCCUCAGACCUGCCAAGGACCUGCGAAUGAAGACUCUCCCGUCUGUCCCCAAGGUCACUGUUACCAGGCAGUCCCAGCUCAAGGAGAAAGAACCGGAGCAGCUCACUCUAAGCCCGGCGGUUUACAGGCCUGAGAGCCCGCAAAAGACUAGGGUCACCAGUCCUCAGGGCGUUGGCUUCAACACCCCUGCGCAGCGCAAGAAGUCGCCGGUCAAAUGCACCAAGCAGAAUUGCCAAUGUUCCGCUGAACACGACAAGCGCAACUGGAUCUGA